GCCCUCUGGAGGCUGGUUUGCCGGAUAUCCGGACUGUGUGGGGGAGUUGAGCCAGCUGCCACAGAGUUCUGUGUGGAAGGAGGGCUUCAAGGCAACCACCAUUAUGAUCCGCUUCAUUCUGAUCCAGAACCGGGCCGGCAAAACACGCCUUGCCAAAUGGUACAUGCAGUUUGAUGAUGAUGAGAAGCAGAAGUUAAUUGAAGAGGUCCACGCCGUGGUCACUGUCCGAGAUGCAAAGCACACCAACUUUGUUGAGUUCCGCAAUUUCAAAAUCAUCUACAGGCGCUAUGCAGGGCUUUAUUUCUGCAUCUGUGUAGAUGUGAAUGACAACAACUUGGCUUACCUAGAAGCCAUUCACAACUUUGUGGAGGUUUUGAAUGAAUACUUCCACAACGUCUGUGAACUUGACCUGGUGUUCAACUUCUACAAGGUCUACACUGUGGUGGACGAGAUGUUCUUAGCCGGUGAGAUCCGAGAGACCAGUCAGACCAAAGUCUUGAAGCAGCUCCUCAUGUUGCAGUCCUUGGAAUGAGAAGCAGGGAAGCCAGAACAGCCAUGUUGGAGCUCCCCUUGCCGGACCUUGCAGCCCCUGCCCCUCUGGGCCCAUCUUUCUCCAACUGGUUCCUUGAGAGACUUACUCAAAGCAAAUUUGGCCACUUUAUUCGUAACGGGAUGGGGGGAGGCAGUGUGAAUUUGUGAGGGGCUGUUUCAAUCCAUAACCCUAUUUUCCCCCACAAACGGAAGAUGUCGAGUUUCCCGAUCAGGACUACGAUGCAUUUCUGUGAGAGGGGAUUAUCCAUAGCACCACAUAUCUCAGUGCUCCCUGUCACAUUUCCGCUACCCCCUUCCUCACCCAUUCAUGUAAACAUUGGGCAGGGUCUGCAGUAGAAGAGGGACCAUAAUUGUGUAUGUAUGUGUGUAUGUUUGUGGCAAGCGGUCGUAACUGCCAGUCAAGUGAUGUAUCGAAACAAAGCAUCUAUGGAACAUUUAAAAGCCAGAAUAAAUCUUCUAUGUAUCUAGAA